AUGCCUCGUGUAUCUACAAAUCUGAAUUUUCCAAAUGUGAGAGUCCAAAAAUUAAUUUUCAACCAUAUCAAAUUUUUAAAAAACAAGAAGUUUUGCUCGACGUCAAGCAAAGAACUAAACAAGCAACAAUUACAAAACCCUUCAAUAGCCACCAUGCUCAACUGUUUUAAAUCACAGCAAGACUCGAAUAUGACUUGCUUACCCAACAAUAAUAAACAAGUUUCAACCAUAAACUGGUACUUAAAUUUCUCUCAAGUGCCAAACAUGAAUGAUUAUUUAUUCAAGGCACCUGAGGCUCAAUUACCUGCACCUGCUUCCCAUAAUGUUAAUUCACCUUGUUACAAUAAAGAAUGGUCAUUGUCAUUAAAUAUAAAUUGCCAUUUAAAUUCAUUACAAGGUUCAGCAUUAAACAGGAAUCAGUUUGAUCAAAACAAUCAGGCUUUGGCCUCUAUUCCUCAACAAUUUAAUCUUCCAAUUGCAACCUCAAGUAAUAUUUAUAACAUUUCCAAUCUCAAUAGAGAAUGGCAAUUAUCAUCAAACAUAAAUUGCCAUUUAAAUUCCAAAGUGUCAAGUAGAAAUCAAAACUUUCAAGAUUACCAAUUGCAAAAUUUUUCUAAAGAAUUAUUAAUGUUAUCAGAUGUAAAUUUUCAUUUAAAUUCAUCAAAAGAUUGUUUUUGCUCAUUAUCUAAUCCUUUUAUUGAAAUUGGCAUGUACGAAUUACCACCCGAUCCUUCUCCAGAUUUCAGUCAAGUGAACGCGUGUUUUGAUAUCAAUUAUCAACCUCCACUUCCCUCGAUUUUUGGACUAGAAUAA